AUGAUCUUGCCCGCCGUUCCUUGGCAGUCCAUCGAGGAUGAGUUUUGUCUGCCGUCCACCCAGAUUCUGGACACUGACGAUGCGGAUCUGUAUCUGGGUCUCAAUGCUUUGCCAGUCAAGCGAGUAACACCAGAUUGUCAGCAUUGUGAAGCCUUCUUCCGGAAGUUUCACCCCACCAUGCCGAUAAUGCAUGAACCUACUUUCGAAGUGGCCAAGGCACCGAAGCCAUUGCUCACCGCUGUCAGAUGCAUUGGUUCUCUGUAUGGCUCUGCCGAGUCCAGAUUCGCUGCCAGCAGGAAGUUUUUCGAAGAUGGAUACUAUGAGCUGGAAGAAUAUACCAGGGAAGACCGCAGCAGAUUCCAGGAAACAUGGGUGCUCCAGGCAUACGUUUUGCUCGAAACCUACGGAAUCUACAUAUGCGACGACUCGCUCCUGUCCAAAGCCCAGAACAUCCAUCAAACCCUGGUCAGCGCCAUCAGAGAACUGCAGAUGACCCACGACGGCCACGCAUCCCGUCUAGGAUCCCCAGCCUCGCCCUCGCCCGUCUCCGCCCUCUCCGAGAACGACGCAGGAACACUCCAAAAACGAUGGCUGGACUUCAUCCGCGAAGAGUCCCGCAAGAGAAGCAUCUACUCCAUCUACCUCCUCGACUCCCAGCUCUCCAUCGCCUGCAACCUGCGCCCGCAAAUCUCCGCCCUCGAAAUCAAAUACGCCCUCCCCUCGGCCGACGACCUCUGGAGCGCGCCCACCCCCACCGCCUGGCACCGCACCCGCACCCACCACUUCACCUCCUUCAACGAGCGCGACGACGCCUUCGCCGCCGACGAGGCCAAGCCGUCCGAGGGCUCCCUCCACGGCAGCACCCAGGACCUCCUCCUCCUAGCCCACAACAGCGCGUCCUCCCCGCCCGAGCACCCCACCCCCGACGACGCAACCGCCACCCCGCUCCGCCUCCUCUGGUACUCGCCCUUCGCCGCCCUCGUCCUCGUCACCCAGCUGCACAUGACCGCCCGCGAGCUGACCCACGCCUCGUGCCUGCUCUCGCGGCCGGCGUCCGCGGGCGCAUCCGCCGGACCCGGCGCCGCCCACCGCCACCGCGGCCAACGCCCGCUGUCCAUCCUGACCGAGGCCCAGCACGGGCAGAUAUCGCAAGCGCUGCGGUCGAUCGCAGAGCUGGUGCCGCCACCGCCGCCGGCGCCGGCCAGGACGGCGACAGGGACGCGCGGCGACGCAGCCGCUGCCGGGGGGCGAGACGCCACUGCUGCUACUCCUACCAACGGUGGUGGUGGCAGUGGAGGUGGCGGCGUCGCCGGCCCGUUCGAGGCGCUGUGGCACUCUGUGCACGUGGCGCUGCACCACACGUCGAUGACGCUGUCGCACCCGGACGCGCUGCUCGUGACCGGCAUCGUCGAGCCGAACCUGCCCGCGGCCAUCGCCACCGCGGGCCACCUGGCGCGGCCGCGGGGCCGGAAGGCGAAUCGCGACGUUUAUGAGGAUCGGGACGUGUUUCGCAUACUGAGGGAUUUGGAGGGGGGGUUGGGGAGGCUGUUGGGGGGAGGGGAGGAAGGGCAGGAGCGGGAGCGGGGGGAGAAUCCGUUUGUGACGUUGUUGGCGUUUAAGAUUUGUUUGGUCGGGUGGCGGAUUGUGCGGUUGACUAUGGGGGAGGCGGCGGGGAAGGGGGGCAGGGGCGAGGGGUUGGCGCGGUAUAAUCCGUCGCGGUUCGUGCUGCAGAGCAUCAUGGCGGCGAUUGGGAAGGAGGAUGGGUUGGACGGGGCUGGGGAGGGAGGGGACGGCGGGGAUGUUCUGGAGGCUGAGGUGGUGUAUCUGCGCUGGGUGAGGGAGGCGCUGAUGAAGAGGAGUGUUUGGCCCGUGGGGCGGUGGGAGGCGGCGAUUGUGGAGGAGGCGCUGACGGGGGCGGUCGAGUAUGCGGCUGGGGUGAGGGAGUGUGGUGGCGUCAUGUGA